UCUUGAGGGUGGAAUUAGGGGCGGCGACCCUCGGGAGGAGCAGGCGGGCCUGGGAGAAUUUUGUUGCGCGGCGAGAGCGGCAGGGCCAGUGUCCUGGAGACGCGACUGCCGGCGAGUCCCUAGGCCAGGCCGCGCGAGGCCUCUGGACCCUCAGCUUGGGCUGGAGUCCAGGCCGGGUCAACCGCCUGGCAACACCGCAGCCGGAGAGUGGCCUUUUGUCAGACCGCGGGAGCGGCCUCGGGUGGCCUUGCCGAGGACCAGGACCCUGGGAGGAUUCACGGUUGCCACUGAAUACCAGCCUAAAGCUGAGUUCUUUAGGGUUGUUUUCAAGAUGGACUCAACCCUAACAGCAAGUGAAAUUCGGCAGCGAUUCAUAGAUUUCUUCAAGAGAAAUGAACACACCUAUGUUCAUUCAUCUGCCACCAUCCCAUUGGAUGAUCCCACUUUGCUCUUUGCCAAUGCAGGCAUGAACCAGUUCAAACCCAUUUUUCUGAACACUAUUGACCCAUCUCACCCUAUGGCAAAGCUGAGCAGAGCUGCCAAUACUCAGAAAUGUAUCCGGGCUGGGGGAAAACACAAUGACCUGGACGAUGUGGGCAAGGAUGUCUAUCAUCACACCUUCUUUGAGAUGUUAGGCUCCUGGUCUUUUGGAGAUUACUUCAAGGAACUGGCCUGUAAAAUGGCUCUGGAACUUCUCACCCAAGAAUUUGGUAUUCCAGUUGAAAGACUUUAUGUGACUUACUUUGGUGGGGAUGAAGCAGCUGGCUUAGAACCAGACCUGGAGUGCAAACAGAUAUGGCAGAAUUUGGGGUUGGAUGACACCAAAAUUCUCCCUGGCAACAUGAAGGAUAACUUCUGGGAGAUGGGUGACACCGGUCCCUGUGGUCCCUGCAGUGAGAUCCAUUAUGACCGGAUUGGUGGCCGGGAUGCUGCGCACCUCGUCAACCAGGAUGACCCCAAUGUGCUGGAGAUCUGGAACCUUGUGUUCAUCCAGUAUAACAGGGAAACUGAUGGCAUUCUCAAACCUCUCCCCAAGAAAAGCAUUGACACAGGAAUGGGCCUGGAGCGACUGGUGUCUGUGCUGCAGAAUAAGAUGUCCAACUAUGACACUGACCUUUUUGUCCCUUACUUUGAAGCCAUUCAGAAGGGCACGGGGGCCCGGCCAUACACUGGGAAAGUUGGUGCUGAAGAUGCCGAUGGGAUCGACAUGGCCUAUCGGGUGCUGGCUGACCACGCUCGGACCAUCACCGUGGCACUGGCUGAUGGUGGCCGACCUGACAACACAGGGAGGGGGUAUGUGUUGAGACGGAUUCUCCGCCGGGCUGUUCGAUACUCCCAUGAGAAACUCAACGCCAGCAAGGGUUUCUUUGCUACUUUAGUAGAUGUUGUCGUCCAGUCCCUGGGAGAUGCAUUUCCUGAAUUGAAGAAGGACCCAGAUUUGGUGAAGGACAUCGUUAAUGAAGAAGAAGUGCAGUUUCUCAAGACUCUCAGCAGAGGGCGUCGCAUCUUGGACAGGAAAAUUCAGAGCCUGGGAGACAGCAGGACCAUUCCCGGGGACACUGCUUGGCUCCUCUAUGACACCUAUGGGUUUCCAGUGGACCUCACUGCACUGAUUGCUGAAGAGAAGGGCCUGGUUGUAGAUAUGGAUGGCUUUGAAGAGGAAAGGAAACUGGCCCAGGUGAAAUCACAGGGCAAGGGAGCUGGUGGAGAAGACCUUAUUAUGCUGGACAUUUAUGCUAUUGAAGAACUCCGGGAAAAGGGUCUGGAGGCAACAGAUGAUUCCCCAAAGUAUAAUUACUAUUCAGACUCCAGCGGGAGCUAUGCAUUUGAGAGCGCAGUGGCUACGGUGAUGGCUCUGCGCAGGGAUAAGAUGUUUGUGGAGGAAGUGUCCACGGGCCAGGAGUGUGGAGUGGUGCUAGAUAAGACCUGUUUCUAUGCCGAGCAAGGAGGGCAGAUCUACGAUGAAGGCUACCUGGUGAAGGUUGACGACAGCAGCGAAGAUAAAACCGAGUUUACAGUGAAGAAUGCUCAGGUGCGAGGAGGGUAUGUGCUGCACAUAGGAACGGUCUAUGGCGGCCUGAGAGUGGGGGACGAGGUCCGGUUGUUCAUUGAUGAGCCCCGACGAAGGCCUGUCAUGAGCAACCACACAGCUACUCACAUCCUGAACUUUGCCUUGCGCUCUGUGCUUGGGGAAGCCGACCAGAGAGGCUCCCUGGUUGCCCCUGAUCGCCUUCGGUUUGACUUCACUGCCAAAGGAGCCAUGUCCACGCAACAGAUCAAGAAGGCCGAGGAGAUUGUGAACGAGAUGAUUGAGGCUGCCAGGCCUGUCUACACCCAGGAUUGUCCACUGGCAGCAGCUAAAGCCAUCCAGGGCCUGCGGGCUGUGUUUGAUGAAACCUACCCUGACCCCGUGCGAGUCGUCUCCAUUGGGGUCCCAGUGUCUGAGCUGUUGGAUGACCCCUCUGGUCCUGCUGGCUCGCUCACUUCUGUUGAGUUCUGUGGGGGAACGCACCUGCAGAAUUCAAGUCACGCAGGAGCUUUUGUGAUUGUGAGUGAAGAGGCUAUUGCCAAGGGCAUCCGGAGGAUUGUUGGUGUCACGGGUGCCGAAGCCCAGAAGGCCCUCAGGAAAGCGGAGAGCUUGACGAAAUCUCUCUCUGCCAUGGAGGCCAAAGUGAAGGCCCAGGCUGCGCCAAACAAGGAUGUGCAGAGAGAGAUUGCCGACCUCAGUGAGGCCUUGGCCACUGCAGUCAUUCCCCAGUGGCAGAAAGACGAAUUCCGAGAGAAUCUCAGAUCUCUGAAGAAGGUCAUGGACGACCUAGACCGAGCUAGCAAAGCCGAUGUUCAGAAGCGGGUGUUGGAGAAGACAAAGCAACUCAUUGACAGCAACCCCAACCAGCCCCUUGUCAUCCUGGAGAUGGAGAGCGGCGCCUCGGCCAAGGCUCUGAAUGAAGCCUUGAAGCUCUUCAAGACACAUUCCCCUCAAACGUCUGCCAUGCUCUUCACGGUGGAUAAUGAGGCUGGCAAGAUCACAUGCUUGUGUCAAGUACCCCAGAAUGCAGCCAGCCGAGGCCUGAAAGCCAGUGAGUGGGUACAGCAGGUGUCAGGCCUGAUGGACGGCAAAGGUGGCGGCAAAGACGUGUCUGCUCAGGCCACGGGCAAGAAUGUGGGCUGCCUGCAGGAAGCACUGCAGCUGGCCACGUCGUUUGCCCAGCUCCACCUGGGGGCUGUGGAGAACUGAUGGACGGGCAGCAUCUCCUCCUUGCCCAGUGCAUCCGUCCAGCUAGGAGCGCUCCAUCUGCCACUAGGACAUUUGAGCAUCGGGACCUUUAAACAGCCCAUCUGUCCUUCUAACCUGGCAGUCACACACUCACCUGGGAGCCAGCCUGUGACUGACAUUUCUGCCCUGAGCCCUACCAUAUGAGCACCAUCUGUCUAGAACCACUACCCCAGGAUUGCUAUUUAUCGUCAUCCUGUUAGAUAGAGUUCUCUGCAGACCUGAGAACUGGGUCUGCAUGGAGGGAUCAUUUUUGCUGCACAGAAUAAAAGGACCAUGUGCAAUA